AUGGGGGCCCAGGGGGCCCAGAGAUGGACUUGGGCAGAAAGACCUUCAAACUCAUCGUCCUCAUCCCUUGUUUUUACCAAAUCAGGAUUUCCCAUUGCCAGUUCUUGUGAGGCUGUGAGGAAGAGGAAGAUGUCCCUGAACACUGAGGCAGAGCAGGAGCUGAGCAUGGAGAGCAGGGAGGACAAAUCCCCGCGGCAGAACCUCGUGGCAGAGGCCGUUUUGAGCGGCUCCACGGCGCAGGAACACAACGGGGAGGAAAAGCCCCGGAGAUGCCGCACGAGGAGGGGCUGCAAACGCAGCUGGCGGGGAUCUGAGGGGGAAAGAGCCAGCCUGGGCCGGGAAGGCGGCCGGAGAUGGAGCCAGAGCUCAGAGCUGGUGGUCCGUGAGGAGGUUCCUGAUGGGGAGAAGCCCCACAAGUGCAAGGAGUGUGGGAAGAGCUUCAAGUGGAACUCCCACCUGAUCAUCCACCAGAGGAGCCACACUGGGGAACGGCCCUACGAGUGUGAUCAGUGCAGGAAGAGGUUUCAGACCAGCUCAAAUCUCCUCCUGCACCAGCGCACGCACACAGAGGAGAGGCCCCACGAGUGUGAGGAAUGUGGGAAGAGCUUCAGGCAGAGCUCCCACCUGAUCCAGCACCAGAGGACCCACACUGGGGAACGGCCCUACGAGUGUGGGGAGUGUGGGAAGAGCUUCAGCCAGCGUUCCAGCCUGAUUGUCCACCAAAAGAUCCACUCUGGGGAGAGGCCCUACACGUGUUCCAAGUGUGGGAAGAGGUUUCGGAUCCGCUCCCAUCUCCUCCAGCACUAUCAGAGUCACACAGAGGAGAGGCCCUUCUGCUGCCCCGACUGUGGGAAGGGAUUCAGGCACAACUCCAACCUCGUCACCCACCGGCGCAUCCACACUGGGGAGAGGCCCUACGAGUGUCCCCAGUGUGGGAAGAGCUUCUCCAGCAGCUCUCACUUGACCCAACACCAACGGAGGCACCGGUGAGGGAAGCCCUGCGAGUGCCCCGAGUGCGGGAAGAGCUUCGUGCGCUGCUCCAGCUCCAUCCAGCUCAUAAAUGUAUGAGAAAUUCUAGUGGUGCUGGGUUUUGUGUUUAGUAUGUUUGUAAUACAAAUUGUUUUACUAAGGAGUGUUAGAUUGUAUGUUAGUUUUAUCUCUAGUACAUUAGUUAUUGAGUUAAAACUUUCAACAAGUAUUUCCUGGUAUAUUAUUUGCUUAUUUAUAUUUAUGGAUAAUGGGAUACUAAUAGUUGUUGAUUUAGGUUGACUCAGUAUUGGAAUAUUGUAAGUAAGAGUCAAAAUUAUUAUAUUUGAUUUUUAUUAUAAUUUAUUUCAUUUUAA